AAGAUAUCUUUACAUGUAAAAAUACAAAACAUAAGCAUACUUUUACUUUUCUAUACGAAGAGCCUUGGCUUCCGGGGUUUGCUUUUAGGGUGUUUGUAGCGUUUUAGAAAUUUUCAUUUGCUGAAUAUGUGUUCAGUUCUCUGAUGUUUCUAGGAUUUAGUGAUCAUGUCUCAUGAAGAAUAACUGGAUUGUUUUGGCACUUCAUUUUUUUUUUUUCUUUUAAAUGAAUUUUGAAGGAGUCUUACCACUGUCUACUUAAGUGCUACUUUCUAUCAUGGCAUCUGUAAUAAUGAUAUUUAAAUGCAUGGAAAGUGGACACUAAAUGUUUUGGCAAUGCCAUUUUGUCUUUUAUAGAAAACCGCUCUAAAUUGGUGUAUUAGAAAUGGAGUAGUUGGCAAAUUAUAUGUGAUAACCCUUUUUGCUUUAGGGUGUGAUUAUCUGCAGGAUUCUAAUGCAUAAGAAGCCGAGUAUCAAUAAUGUUUAUUGUUCUCAGUGAAGAAACUUGAUUGAGCAGGAUGAAUACUUAAAAAUGGUUACCGAUAAAAUAGUAGUUACCAUGCUGAGGAAGAAGCGAACUGAUCAUCCUGGUAGAGGCAAGGGCCCUGACUCCCAGGAGACUGAACGAGGACAUGGCCGUGUCCAACAUCUACAUCAGCAAGGUGGAGUGAGAGGAUGGGGUCAACAGCGUGGAGGGUAUGGUGGCCACGGCGGGAGAGGUGGAAGAAUCUUUCCGCAACAGUAUUAUGAUGGGCCUUCUGAAUAUCAGCAAGGGAGGGGUGGUCAGCAGUAUCAAGCACCCCCUCAGCACCGUGGUGGCAUUGGAGGUGGCCAUGGGGCUCCUGCUGGCGUGCUGUUCAGGCCACCAGCUCCCGAGCUGCACCAAGCAACCCAGGUCCCAUACCAAGCUGGGGUGACAACUCAUCCAUCGCCAUACCAGAGGCCUGCACACACAGAUGCUGAGGCUCAUUCUUCAUCCCGGCCACCUGAGGUAACAUCUUCACAAGAGACCCAACAUAUCCAGCAGCAAGUUAUCCAGCUAGGAGCAUCUCCUUGCGAUGCAAUGCAACCUGCAUCGAGCAAAUCAAUGAGAUUUCCUCUACGGCCUGGCAAGGGUAGCUAUGGUACCAAGUGUUUUGUGAAGGCUAAUCACUUUUUUGCCGAGUUGCCUGAGAAGGACUUCCAUCAUUAUGAUGUAUCAAUUACCCCUGAGAUCUCAGUCCGCGACGUUAAUCGUGCUGUGAUACAGCAAUUGGUGAAGCUUUACCGGGAAUCGCAUUUAGGACAGAGGCUUCCUGCUUAUGAUGGAAGAAAGAGUCUUUACACUGCUGGGCCUCUCCCUUUUGUCUCAAGAGAGUUCAAGAUCAUCCUUAUUGAUGAAGAAGAUGGACCAGCCAGCACUAGGCGCCAGAGGGAGUUCAAGGUCGUGAUCAAAUUUGCUGCACGUGCUGACUUGCAUCAUUUAGGGAUGUUUUUGCAGGGAAGGCUCGCUGAUGUGCCACAAGAAACUCUUAAGGUUUUGGACAUUGUUCUCCGCCAAUUGCCAACUACCCGGUUUUAUUCAGCUAGCCGCUCAUUCUAUUCCCCUCAUUUAGGAAGAAAGGAGCAUUUGGGUGAAGGGCUGGAAAGUUGGCGUGGUUUCUACCAAAGUAUUCGCCCAACUCAGAUGGGGUUGUCCCUGAACAUUGAUAUGUCAUCUAGUGCUUUCAUUGAGCCACUCCCAGUGAUUGAUUUUGUCGCACAGCUUUUGAAUAGGGAUGUUUCGGCUAAACCACUGUCCGAUGCUGAUCGAGUAAAGGUUAGAUACUGCAUCUCCUCUCUUUAUUACUUUUUCACAGUGCGUUUUGGUUGCAUGCUUCAUUUCUUCUUAUUUACCGAGCUUGGUCACUGCACGUUUUAUCAUCAGACUGUGCAUCAUAAUGCUUACUCAGAGGACCCUUAUGCGAAAGAGUUCGGAAUUGAAAUUAGUCAAAAACUGGCUCAAGUUGAGGCUCGCAUUCUGCCUGCUCCCCGGCUUAAAUAUCAUGAUUCUAGUCGAGACAGGGACUGUUUGCCACAAGUUGGGCAGUGGAACAUGAUGAACAGAAGGAUGAUUAAUGGAGGCACUGUCAACAGUUGGAUCUGCAUUAACUUUGCCCGCAAUGUGCGUGACAAUAUGGCACAAAGCUUUUGUCAUGACCUUGCUCAAAUGUGUAUUACUUCUGGCAUGGCCUUCAACCCUGAACCUAUUCUACCAGUUUUUACCGGGCGGCCAGAUCAGGUGGAAAGAGUCUUAAAAGCUAGAUUUCACGAUGUCAUGGCAAAGCUGCAGCAUCAUGGGAAGGAGCUUGACUUGCUAAUUGUUAUAUUACCAGACAAUAACGGCCCCCUUUAUGGUAAUCUGAAAAGAAUAUGUGAGACAGACCUUGGUAUUGUCUCACAGUGCUGUCUGCAAAAGAAUGUGUACAAGGCGAACAAACAACAGUAUCUUGCAAAUGUAGCACUGAAGAUAAAUGUGAAGGCUGGAGGGAGAAACACUGUGCUGGUCGACGCACUCACUAGGCGUAUCCCUCUUGUCAGUGACCGACCUACAAUUAUUUUUGGUGCUGAUGUUACACAUCCCCAACCUGGCGAGGAUUCUAGCCCAUCCAUUGCUGCCGUUGUUGCUUCCCAGGACUGGCCAGAGGUCACAAAAUAUGCUGGGUUGGUUUGUGCUCAAGCUCAUAGGCAAGAGCUUAUCCAAGAUUUGUAUAAAACCUGGCAAGACCCUGUUAGAGGAACUGUGACAGGUGGCAUGAUCAAGGAACUGCUCAUUUCUUUCCAUAGAGCAACUGGACAGAAGCCACAGCGGAUUAUUUUCUAUAGGGAUGGUGUUAGUGAAGGGCAGUUCUAUCAAGUUCUGCUUUAUGAACUUGAUGCCAUCCGUAAGGCUUGUGCAUCUUUGGAACCAAACUAUCAACCCCCGGUUACAUUUGUUGUGGUUCAGAAACGUCAUCAUACAAGGUUGUUUGCCAGUAACCAUAAUGACAGACAUGCUGUCGACAAAAGUGGAAAUAUACUGCCUGGUACCGUCGUAGAUUCAAAGAUAUGCCAUCCUACUGAGUUUGAUUUCUACCUCUGCAGCCAUGCUGGGGUGAAGGGUACCAGCCGGCCAGCACAUUAUCAUGUGCUGUGGGAUGAAAAUAAGUUCACAGCUGACGCCCUCCAGUCCCUCACAAAUAACCUAUGCUACACGUAUGUGAGGUGCACCCGCUCUGUUUCCGUUGUACCACCUGUAUACUACGCACAUCUGGCUGCAUUUCGUGCUCGUUUCUACAUGGAGCCUGAUACGUCCGACAGUGGGUCAAUGACUGGUGGUGCUAGGAAUGCGAAGGUUGCAGCAGCCAAUGCUGCUGUGAGACCUCUGCCCCAGCUCAAGGAGAACGUGAAGAGAGUAAUGUUUUAUUGUUAGAGUUGUCUUCAAGAAACGGUGGAAGGCAGAAUUGAAUAAUUACUAAGUUGAUUAUUGUCUCUCUGAGAAUCUAAACUCGAACUUCAUUACUGUGGUUUAAAACUCUGUGAUGACUUGAAGAUUGGUGCUUUUAAAUUUGUGGGCAUUUGAAACACAUAAUCCUUUUCAUUA